CCCCAUCUUUUGGGAUUUCAGACGAUAUUUAUCCAAAUAGUAUUUUCUCAUCCUGAAUACUAAAUUGAGAUGAUUUUGUUUUCUUCUUUACAGGCCAGCACCUCACAUGCUACCAGCAGAUCACCUGUGAUGACAGAUUCUGCAUGUCAGACUGACCCACCCAAGUACCGUACUGUUCGUCCACAGCUAUCCUCGAGGACUCUUGGUUCACAUCGAAGUACAGCUGUCCAGGCUAAAAUUCCCUGCAGAAGCGUUGGUGUCGAAACACUUCCGUUGGAAGUGCCAGUGCCCUUUUUAACAUCCACCCCCUUAAAGAGACCACCAAAGAGGCCCCGUGUGGAUCUUGAAGAGGAAUACGAAGAUCCAUUUGAGGGAAGCUCUUCUUUGGUGAUUUCCGAAGGCCAGGAUGCAACUUAUGAUCCAGCAGAAUCCAUAACAAAUGCUACAGAAACAACAGCCAUGUCUGGUCAAGAACAAAACCCCCCCCAGACGAUCAACACAUACAUCGUGUAUGAGACCUGCCUCAUGGAGCUUUUUGAAUCAUGUCCUGUGUGCAAGCGUGUGUGUGAUGUACAAACCAGAAGGAUCGGUACAUUCAUAUCAGUGCAGCAGCUGUGCCCCCAUUGUCAGUUUACAAGAAACUGGAAUAGCCAGCCUGUUCUUGGGAGUACUCCAGUUGGAAACCUGCAGCUAUCAGUUGCAACAUAUGUCAACGGAGCAUCUUUCUACAAACUUUCAAAGGUCUUCAAAGCAAUGAAUAUGCAGCUAUGCAAAUACAACACCUUCCGAAGGCAUGCCAGGAUGUUCAUUGAGCCAGCGAUUGUUUCUUACUGGCAAAAAUCACAGGAAGGCAUGCUACAGAAGCUCCAUGCAGAGGAGAAAGUGAUAGUUGGUGGUGAUAUGAGGGCUGACUCUCCAGGCCACUAUGCAAAGUUCGGAAGCUACACUAUGAUGGACCUGAAGAACAACAAAGUCGUUGACCUCCAGUUGGUUCAGAGCAAUGAGGUUGGUGGAAGCUACCACAUGGAGUUAAAGGGCCUGAAAAGGAGUCUGGAGUUGUUAAAGGAACGUGGUGUGACUCUGGACUGUAUUGUCACGGACAGACAUCUGCAAAUUCAGAAAUUCCUAAGGGAAAGCAGCAUCACCCAAUUCUUUGAUGUGUGGCACAUAGAAAAAGGGAUUUCUAAGCAACUGGAGAAGGCUGCAAAAAAGAAGGACUGCGAAAAACUUCGAGGGUGGGUGAAGAGUAUAAGAAACCACAUAUACUGGACUGCAGCAACCUCCACCACCGGGCCUGAGAGAGUGGCCAAAUGGUUCCCUAAGUGCCUUCAUCCACUGCGCAUUGCGCAAUACCAAUGGAUGGCUGCAGGAACGCCGGCCUUUCACAAGCUGGAGACAAUUCUCUCAACCAAGAGGAUUUUGAAAGCUGUGGCCAAACUCAGCCCACACCACCAGACUUCAUCUUUGGAGUCAUUCCAUGCCGUCAUCCUGCGCUUUGCUCAAAAGAAUGUUGUGUUUCCAUUUCUUGGAAUGUUGUGCAGGUAA